CCCAGCGGUCUCGCUCGACGCCCACGUCGCCCUCAUGCGCGAGGGAUGCCCCAUCAAGGUCGCCCACGCCUCCGUCGACUUAGGCGUCGACACUGUCGGGGCGCGCAGGAGGGUGGCAACGGGCCGCGUCGUCGCCGAGAUCCGCAGGCGCGCCUCGCUCGCCAAGAUCGCAAAGGGCCUCUGGACUAUGGGGUUUAGACCGCAGGGGGCCUACGACCACCAGGUCAUCGGCCUCUCCCCGAGCGCCACCACCCAGCAGCGGCGCCAAGCCGCCCAGGCGAUUGCGGGCAAGGUCCCUGGCAGGUGCUUCACCUCCACGCUCGCCGUGCUAUUCGGCGACGCGACCAUCCUGGAGUGGCUCUCCUUUUGGUUCGCCAACCCGAAACACCACGAGCGCAUCGCCCAUGCCUGGCGGCUCAUCUUCGCGAAGACCAUCGGCUACGGCAACAAGCGCUGGCGCAAGGUGGUCGGCCCCAUCUCGGCCGUCCAGGCCAUCCUCGUGGACGCAGGGUGGGAUUGCUGGGCUCCCUGCGAGUGGCCCCGCCAGCCUUGCGAAGGUGAGCGGGCUGAGCAGACGUGGCUCCUACCUCACAAGGACUGUGGCGACGGGGAGCAGCGCCGCGAAGAGAUCGACCCUUCGCAGCUGGCCCUGCAGUUCUGCCAGAACACCGAGACUGGCUAUUGGAACGACGCUGCGAAGCACUUCGACGGCGAGGGCCUCCAGCGAGGCGGAGCCGACGCAUGCGCAGUCACCGGCGAGAUGAAGAGGGUCAUGCGCAAGGGCCAGUUCGACAGUGGACCCUUAACCUGUGCGCGGUCGCGGUAG